UUAGUCACUUGAGGAUCGCGUUGUAUUGGUUUAUUUCUAAGAGUGCGGGAGACCAAGCAGGAAAUGCUGUGGAUAGUGUUGUUGAUUUGGUUUGUUAUUAGCUAGCUAAGUUAAGGUUUUCAGAACAGUUGUUUGACAGUUUGUUUUCGGGCAGAACCGAGCGAUGGCGCCGAGCAAACGGCAGCGGCGGGAGAAUGUGUCGGUGGAGCUGGCGUGCGAAUGGGGGUCCUGUCAGGAGUCCUUCAAAAGGAUGCAGGACUUCUGCGAGCACGUGGAACAGCAUCUCAAGGCGCUGCAGCUGGAAGACGAGGAACCCGACGCCCUAGCAGAAGAGCAGAGCUGCCUAUGGCGUGAAUGUGGCUUCUGUGCAGUAGAGUGCCCCGGGGAGCUUCUGCGCCAUGUCUACUUCCACUGUUACCACACCAAGUUGAAGCAGUGGGGACAGGCGGUCUUGGAAAGCCAUCCUGAUCUAGGAUCCUGCGCCCUGGGCCUGCAGAAUCGCAAUAUUGUGCCCGACAUCUCGGACAACUUCCUGUGCCAGUGGGAGCACUGCGAGACCUUGCUGGAGAACCCUGAGUGGUUUUACCGACACGUGGAAAUGCAUGGACUCUGCACGGAGAUGACGUCCGACGGCAAGGAAGAGAGCGUGCUGCACUGCGGCUGGAAGGACUGUGAGGCUACCUUCAGGGGCCGGUUCAAACUGCGGGAGCACCUGCGCAGUCACACGCAGGAGAAGGUGGUGGCAUGCCCCACAUGCGGGGGCAUGUUCGCCAACAACACGAAGUUCUUCGACCAUAUUCGCCGGCAGACCGCCAUUGAGGGUCAGAGGUUCCAGUGUUCACAUUGCUCCAAACGUUUCGCCACUGAGAGGCUGCUGAGGGACCACAUGAGGAACCAUGUGAACCACUACAAGUGCCCUCUGUGCGACAUGACGUGCCCAUCACCCUCCUCACUGCGAAAUCAUGUGAAGUUCCGCCACAGCAACGAGAAGCCUUACAGCUGCGAGUACUGCGAGUACAGUUGUAAGAACCUGAUUGACCUGCGCAAACACCUGGACACGCACAGCAGUGAGCCCGCCUACCACUGUGACUUUGCUGACUGCAACUACGCCACCCGCUCCCUGCACUCAAUCAAGUCCCACUACAAGAAAGUGCACGAGGGUGACUUCGUCCCACGCUACAAGUGCCACGUGUGCGAGCAGUGCUUCACCCGGGGGAACAACCUCACCUCACACCUCCGCAAGAAGCACCAGUUCAAGUGGCCCUCGGGUCACCCCCGUUUCAGGUACAAGGAGCAUGAAGAUGGCUUCAUGAGGCUGCAGCUGAUCCGUUACGAGAGCGUGGAGCUGACCGAGCAGCUGAUGAAGGAGCGGCAGGAGGCACGGGACGGGGACUCUGACGGCCUGGCGGGCGUUGGGGAGCUGAAGGGCAUCGUGCUGGACGAUGGGGAGGCUGGGGUGGCCGUGGGCGGGGAGUCGGGCCCAGGCCCGGGCACAGAUGCGCAUUCUGAAGGCUGUGUCGACGGGCAGGCUGACGCCGUGUACUACAUCCUGAGUGGUGGAGGCAAUGGUGCUCUCCAGCAAGACCCAGGCCUCCAGGGGGCGCCGGAGAGCAGCGAGGACAGCGUAAUGCUGCAGCUCCAGAACACGGCUCAGCAGCUGGGCAUGGAGGUGGUGUAGACGCCCACAUGUGACUCUCCUGGACACACCUCCCGCGUGGCCGCUAAGUGGCACAGGGCUGCACCUGAAAUACCUGAAUUUAAACAACUUUUAGUUUAAAAAUAGUCCCUGCUGAUCACUACGACUCCAAAUCGUGGUUUUAGGGAACGGUUGAGGCCCCACUGAUUGGUUCAUCGUUCCCAUGGACUUCCAUCUCUGUGAAAUGUAUUGGUCCGGUGCUGUUGCCGUGGUCGCCAUGGUCACGCUCAAAAACAAAUGAAACAUCUGUUUUGACCUCUGACACAAUCCCAGGGGUGCGACCGAUUCAAUUGUCAAUAAAAAGAAUUCUGUUUUCAACAUGAUAAUA